AUGCAGCCAAAUUCAUUAGGAUCUAUGGAACUGGAAGCGUUCAAGACGGAUCAGAUCAGGAACUUUAGUAUCAUUGCCCACGUCGACCACGGAAAGAGCACAUUGGCAGAUAGGCUACUAGAACUGGCGCAGACGAUCACAAAGCGAAAGGACAACAAGCAGGUCCUGGAUAAACUCAGAGUCGAGCGUGAACGCGGCAUCACAGUCAAGGCACAGAGUGCGUCGUUGUUUUACGACUAUAAGGGGAAAAAGUACCUACUGAACCUUAUCGACACACCGGGACACAUGGACUUCAACUUUGAAGUGUCGCGGUCAUUGGCUGCCUGUCAGGGUACACUAUUGCUCGUCGACGCCGCACAGGGAAUCCAGGCACAAACUGUCGCUAACUUUUACCUUGCUUUUGGUCAAGAUAUCAGGAUUCUGCCUGUCAUCAAUAAGAUUGACCUCCCAUCCGCAGAACCUGAACGUGUUGCUUCACAGAUCGAGGUUGCGUUCGAAAUGCCUGCAGAGGAGUGUUUAAAGAUCUCUGCAAAGUCCAGUCUAAAUGUCGAUCAAAUCCUGCCUGCCAUUAUCGAGAGCGUCCCACCACCACCGGGAGAUGUUGAAGCACCGUUCAAGGCAUUGCUAUUCGACUCUUGGCACGACACGUAUGUUGGUGUUGUCUGCCUCAUGGCCGUUAUCGAUGGUCGUGUCAAGAAAGGUGACAAGAUCGUGUCGGCACAUUCGGAGAGAAAGUAUGAGGUUAUGGAGACAGGAAUCAUGUACCCCGAACAGACGCCCACGGUCUCUUUACAGGCAGGCCAGGUGGGCUACUUUGUCCUAAACAUGAAGACCCUCAGCGAAUCCCAUGUCGGUGACACCUUCUUUGACCACAAACACAUCGGUACCCCCAUGCCAGGGUUCGUCCCUGCAAAAGCCAUGGUCUGGGCGGGUAUCUUCCCGAUCGAUACUGCUGAUUUCGAGAAACUGGAUCAUAGUAUCGCGAAACUGACGUUGAGCGAUUCAUCGGUGAUGGUGCAGAAGGAGACGAGUACAGCGUUGGGCCAGGGGUGGAGGUUGGGGUUUCUGGGGACUUUGCAUAUGGAUGUAUUUCGGCAGCGCCUUGAGCAGGAAUAUGACGCGAAUAUUAUUAUCACGGCACCAACGGUCCCCUACAGAGUCGAGUACCGCGAUGGAACCGAAAAGCUGAUCCGUAACCCGACAGAAUUCCCGGACAUGGACGAGAUCAGUCAAAAAGUCAGGAGUGUUCAGGAACCCAUGGUCCGGUCGACCAUUAUUUUCCCUAACGAGUAUCUCGGCGACAUCAUGGUCCUAUGCGGCUCGAGGAGAGGAGUCCAGUUGGAACACACGUAUUUGGACGAGAACAGGGUCCUACUCAAGUAUAGGUUACCCCUGGCCGAGGUCGUCACGGAUUUCCAUCAGGAGUUGAAGGGUCGGUCGAGUGGGUUUGCAUCCUUUGAUUAUGAAGAAGACGGCUACGACGACGCCGACCUUGUCAAGAUGAACAUUGUGCUAAACUCGAAACCGGUAGACGCGCUCUCCAUCAUUCUCCACAGAUCGCAAGCAGAACUGGUAGGCCGGGACUGGGUCAAACGCCUCAAGGGUCUCCUCUCCCGCCAACUGUUCGAAAUUGUGAUCCAGGCCUCGGUCGGGAACAAGAUUAUUGCCCGCGAGGGGAUGAGUGCGAUGCGCAAGAAUGUUACCGCAAAGUGUUAUGGAGGCGAUGUUUCUCGAAAGAUGAAACUUCUUAACAAACAGAAAGAGGGAAAGAAGCGGAUGAAGGCCAUUGGAGGUGUAGAGGUCAGUCAGGAAGCAUUCUAUGACUUUAUGUCCAAGAAAAAAUAA